AUGUCCUCUAAGAAUGUCGUCUUCGACGUCGUCGGCACCCUGGUCAGCUACGACCACCUCUUCGCCGCAAUCGACACGCAGCUCGGCCCCCGCCUCCGCGAGCACAACAUCAAGCCCUCCCUGCUCGGCUACACCUGGAUCGAAGUCGCCGAGCGCGAAUACACCUACCUCAGCAUGAGCGGCAAGUACACCGUAUUCGCCGACGUCUUCCGCGCGCUUUUCUACCGGAUGCUCUGGAUGGCGGGCAUCAAGGAGCCGCGUGAGUUCGCGACGGAUUCCGAUCUCGAAUACAUUAUGAAAGAGUACGCGGGUCUGAAACUGCGGCCCGGCGCGAAGGAGUGCGUGCAGAAGCUCCGGGAUGCGGGGUUCAGGGUCUGGUGCUUUACGGCGGGCGAUGUUAAGCGGGUUUCUGGGUACUUUGAGAACGAGGGCGUUGAGAUGCCGGCGUCGGAUUUGAUUUCGUGCGAUGCGGCGGGGUUGGGGAAGCCGGAUCUCGCUGCGUAUCGGCCGUUGCUGGGGCAGUUGGUUGGUGAGAAUGGGGGGAGGGUGCCGUGGUUUGCGGCUGGGCAUAUGUGGGAUGUUUCGGCUGCUAGGAGGGCUGGGUUCAAAGGGGCGUAUACGUCUAUCUGGGAGAAGGAGCCGUUGACGGAGUUGUUUGGCGAGAUGGACGUGAUUGAUGAGACAUUGCCUGGGAUGGCGGAUAAGAUUAUUGCCAGCCAGGCUGCUUCAUAG